CCUACUUCUUCCAUGACGAAUGCAUCCUGCUUACUCUGUUAAUUCAGGUUGAAGACGCCUGGAAGUCUACGGAAUUCACUGUAUUACCUUACAAGGAUAGCAAGGACAUAUUCAUUGUUGGUGGCACGGAUGAGAUUCAACAACUGUUCGAUGAUUCCAUCAUUAACAUUGCAACCAUCGCCUCUUCACGUCAUGUGGGCCCAAUAAAGGGCCGUGUGGAAGAAUGGUCAGCGUUGCUCGACCUGUUUGGAAAAACCCUGGAAGAAUGGCUCAUUUGUCAAAGAAGCUGGUUGUACCUGGAGAGCAUAUUCUCAGCUCCAGAUAUUCAAAGACAGCUGCCUAGCGAAGCUAAAAGUUUUAUGGCUGUAGACAAAUCAUACAAGGACGUCAUGCGCAAAGUUCAAAAGGUGCCUUUGGCAAUGAGAGCCGCCACACAGCCAGGAUUGUUGGACACAUUCCGAAAUAACAAUCAACUUCUGGAACAAAUUCAAAAAUGUUUGGAAGCAUACUUGGAAUCCAAGCGCUCCGUAUUCCCCCGUUUCUACUUUUUGUCCAACGACGAACUACUCGAGAUAUUGGCACAAACUC